AAAAAAAAGGUGUGGAGCAGACAGCAGCCGCGCGAGGAAAUGGGAGAGCGCGCGCGCCUCUGAGGUGUUCACGCGUUCAUUUACGGCCAAUAAUGGAGGUCUGAAGUUCGGCAGGAUCUUCGGGGAGGAUUAGCUACAUCUGACCGGCGGGACGAAGGGAAGCAAUCCGGCUUGCAUCACCGCGUCGCGGAGAGGAGACGUGCGUUAUGGCGCGCAGGGACGCUCGUUUGUGGAGCUGGCAGGUGCUUUUGACCAUCUCCAUGGUCAUCACCUCCCUGUCUGCUCACGGAAGACAUUCAUUUGUCAAGCGCCAUCAUCACCACAACCACUCGUCCGUCAACAAGGAGGCCUUGGACACCAGGAUGGUUCUCAGUGAUGACUCGGCAGAAAAGGACCACCUCAUUGGAGCGGGAAACAGUGCAAGACUCCCACUCCAUUCCACCAGACAUCACCGCUCCCAUAAACACCAUUACCUAGAUUUUGCAGAAGAUGACGCACCUGUGGCAGAAGAGCUAACCGCUGGAGGGGGACCAGAUGCGCCUGGGAAUUCCUUAUCCGACGACGUGAUCACCGUUGAGUUUCAUAGCCCCGCACCAGACGUUGUGCCCUCUGAUGUCGCUCUGGAUUGGGCAAAAGCCCCCAAACCACAAAAGCAGAAAAGUGGCGACCCCACCCAAUGGGGACUGUCUGACUUUUAUGACGACAAUCUCUCUGCAUUAGGUUCAACUCCCGUACCCGAACCUAGCCCUUCACCUCCAGCUGACGUGGACGACGAGAACCCACUCCUGCCCGGCACCCCGGCAGUCUUUAAUAAAGUGAGACCAAAAGUGAACUCUGGAUCAUCUCCACCUGCCGGUCCCAUACCGAGCCCAGAUCAAGACCAGGGUUUAGGCAUCGGUGGAGCCAUGGGUGCAGACGGCUGUAGGCUGGGAUUUGUACUUUCUGGACCUGGAGUUUGUGUCGCUCAGUGCGACAUUGAGCCUAAUUUCUGCUUCAACGGAGGAGUGUGCACCGUAGUGGCAGGGAUGGGAGCCUUCUGCAGGUGCAACGUGCAGGAUUAUAUCUGGAACAAAGGCACGCGCUGCGAAUGGGCCGUCACAGAGUUCCAGGUGUUGUGCGUGGUGGUGGGCGUGGCCUGUAUCGUGUUCCUUAUGCUCUUCAUGAUCAUCGUGUUUUUCGCAAAAAGACUUUAUCAACUCAAGAAUGAGAACAGGCGCCUUUGCAAACGCAGUAAGUACCGCACACAGAGCAGCGAGCCACAGACGGAUGGCCUCUCCGUUUCAACAACGGCGGACAGCUCUCAACCAAAUGUAAGGAAACUCUGUGACACCCCCCCGCCUGCACCCCAAGCUCAUACUCACAACCUGGCGUACUAUGACAACAUUAUCUGUCAGAGGCCACCGACAGCCAGCUUUACCUGGGAGCAUAAGCACAGAAACCCUUAUAACCACUUUCAGGAUGAGCCACAGAAGAAGGACAACCAAGCCAAGGCUCUUCCAUCCAAGGAAGAGGGCUCUAUGAACAUCCUCAACUCUCAUUCUCCAAAGCACGAGAACAACCGCCCUGCUUCCAUCAUCCAUGGAAACACCCCCAACAGCACGGAGGAGAAUGCUGAGGUAAACAAGCUCCAGAACAACCUGGUGUAACCUCGCUUGGCGACAAAGAAGUGUGUAAAGCACAUUCCAGAGUUCCUACAACAUAGUUUACUCCAUGCCAAGUGUGUACUGUGAGUUUUUAGCAGUCUUUAAACACCUAUUGGUAAAAUAAGAGAGCACAACAUGAAUUCUAUUGAGACAACUUAAGAAGCACAACAGAUCUGUUUACAAGGCUGCCAUGUUUAUGCUGACCACAUGAUGGCGCCACUGCCUCAUUCGUCUAUUCGCGUCUGACGCCGGACUGAAACCUUUAUCUUGGUCCUUCUACUGACCGACUGAUUGAUUGAUUAAUUGACGGACUGACUUUUCUCUGUACCGAUGCCCUGCCUUGGUCUUUGACCAAUGACCUCCCUUAAUGUCUCUCUCCUGCCCCGCCCCCCUGCCUGACCCUGCCUUCUCGUCUCUUUCUGCUCGCAUGUAUUGAUGUAUCCGCAAAAAAAAGAAAAAAGAGGUGUCUGAAAACAUAAAAUUUGCUUAAGAAAUAUGUGAAAGUUAAGUGAAUCUGUAUUUGCGAAAUAUUCAUGUUUGCUAAUUAGUGGAUUUGUCUAGAUUACAUGAGGUUGAAGUAAAUGCUUGGAGUUGAUAGUCUAUAUGCAUAUAAUUCACACGCCGUGUCUUGGGUUUAUUCAGUGUGUUUUUUCUAUUACUUUCAUGUACUUGAGAUUCUUUUGUACUUUUUUGGGUAUACAUGGAGGAUUACAGUUGACGGUUGUUGGAAUAAAUCUUUUUCAUUUUA